GAGAAAGCAGCGGCAGCUGGAGGCCGAGGAGGCGGCGCAGGGGUCCAGGCGGGGUCCAGGCGGGGUCCAGGGCGGCGGGACGACUCUGGCCUUUGACCAUCUGGGCGGGCGCGCCCUAGGGAAGUCCACAGAGGAGAAUGUCAGACGCAGAGGAAAAUCCACUAGAAGCAGAAGAAGAUGGAGAAACAGAAAUGGAAGAAGAAGAAUAUAACACAAAUUAUUAUAAAGAGGUAGAAAAUAUGCAACAGGAAUCGAAAGAUGACACAGUAGCAUGGGGAGACUCUCAGGAAGAAGAGGAAGAGGGAGAGGAGGAAGGAGAAGAGCAGGAAGAGGAAGAGGAGAAGCGAGAGGAAGGAGAAGAGGAGGAAGGGGAGGAGGAAGAAGAAACUGUCAGCGCAAGUGAAUUAGAGGAAGAUGCUGGAACAGCCCAGGAGGAGGUGGCUGCAGGGAUUCAGGAAGAAACCACAGCGGAGCUCCAAGGAGCCACCAAGUCCACGAGCAGUGUGGAGAGACUUACAUUGACUGAUUACCAGUCAGCCAUGUCAGAAACUUUUUCACAAACCUAUAGUGCCAGUGAGUCGAAGCACUCGUUACAAUCAGAGCAUCCAAGAAGCCUGGGCUCACAAUUAGAAUUUCUUGGUUUGGAUCUAACCAGUUCUGAGGAACAAGAGACGGAUUCUGCCGAAAGAUGGCUGUCAGACGAGCCUGGGGAGAAAACCAGCCAGAGGCCCCAAGACGAACCGGAACCACAAAGAGGAGGUUUGGAACCAGAAGGGGUGAAAAAGAAAGAAAAAGCAGUAUCUUACUUCAUCGAGGAAAAAGAGUUCCAGCCCAAAGCCGUCGUCUCAGAGGACUCCCUGGUGUCCACCACCACCGAGGACAUGUUGUUUAAAAAGAAUGACAGUGACAGCGUGUAUCCCUUGACCCUGAGCUGGUCAUUCGGCUGGAACAGUUCUCUUCCUGUUUACUAUAUUCGAGACAAGAACCAGAGGGUCCUUCUGUACGCCAGCACCCACACCGCAGUCAUCUACAAUGUCCUCAGGAACAGUCAGCGCCACCUCCAGGGCCACCUUAACGUGAUCUCCUGCCUCUGCAUCAGCGAAGACCGGCGGUGGAUCGCCACGGCCGACAAAGGUCCCAACAGCCUGAUAAUUAUAUGGGACUCCUUCACAGGCAUCCCCGUGCACACAAUAUUUGACAGCUGCCCGGACGGCAGCGGCAUCAGGGCCAUAGCCAUGACUUUUGACGCCAAGUACCUGGCAACCAUCUCAGAUGCUGAAAUCCAGAAAGUUUGCAUUUGGAGGUGGACUUUAGCGGUGGAAACGCCAGCGUGCUCGCUCGACCUUCCCAAAGAGUACGGUUUUCAGAGCUACCUUACUUUUAAUCCAACAAAUAAUAAAGAAUUGGUGAGCAACAGUAAAACGCAGGCAAUAUAUUAUUCGUGGAAUGAAAGAGGAAAUGUGCUCACUCACAGCGCCCCAGUUUUAACAGAAAAAACAUUCAACAAGCUCGUGGGCAAGUUUAGCCAGUCCAUCUUUCAUCUGAAUUUAACACAAGUGCUCUCUGCGACGAUGGAAGGGAAGCUGGUCGUCUGGGACAUACACCGCCCACCGCCGGCCGCCUCCGCCUCUCUGGGCCCUCCCUACAUCAAGCCCUGUAAACUGGUUCAUUUGCAGAAAGAGAGUAUUACUGUGCUUACCGCAGUUGAUAGCUACAUCGUCACAGGUGACAUAAAGGGCAGCAUUAAGUUCUACGAUCACACGCUGGCCAUCGUUAACUGGUACAGCCACUUCAAACUCGGCUCCAUAAGAACUCUGUCCUUUUCGAGGACCCCGGCGUCUCCUCCCACCGAAAAAUCAAACUAUCCUCCAGACUGCACUUUAAAAGGUGACCCUUUUGUUGUAAGGAAUUUCAUCAUUGGAACAGCUGACGCGACAGUGUACCACUUGGCGGCGGAUGGGACCAAACUUGACAAGUUGUUCGUAGAGCCCAAGGAUGCCAUUUGUGCCAUCUCCUGCCACCCGUACCAACCCCUCAUCGCCAUUGGCAGCUUCUGUGGGAUGAUCAAAGUGUGGAAUUAUGAACAGAAAACAUACCUUUUCAGCAGGGUCUUCGAGAAGGGGUUCGGAGUGCAGAGUCUAACCUACAACCCGGAAGGAGCCCUUCUUGGAGCCGGCUUCACGGAGGGGACGGUUUACAUACUCGACGCAAUGUCCUUAGAAAAUGAAAUCUCCGAGCCUUUCAAAUACUCCAGAACCAACGUGACUCACAUAAGCUUCUCCCACGAUUCCCAGUAUAUGGCGACCGCUGACGCAAGCUUCACCGUGGCCGUGUACAAGGUCAGAGUCAGAAACGGACAGAGGGUCUGGGAAUAUCUGGCGCGGCUUCGUUCUCAUCGCCAAAGCAUCCGGAGUCUCCUGUUCGGGGUUCAUCUGGACAGCAACGAGCCGAGGCUGCUGAGCCUCGGCAAGGACAGGCUCUUGAUAGAGUACAAUCUUCUCAAGAGCUGCAGAGACCACCUGGAAGUCCUGGACAUCCACCAGACCGACCAGGGCAACUACCCCACGUGCAUGAUCUGGUACCCUCCGCUCACCAAGGAGCUCUUCAUGCUCGUUUGCAACAGUGGCUACAAAGUGAAACUUUUUAAUUCUACCACAAAAAUGUGCAGAAAGACACUUCUCGGGCCGGUCUACGGCUCUCCCAUCGAGCAGAUACAGAUCCUCCCCGUGAAAACCGCCAUGGAGCUGCAGAAACGCUACCUGGUGUUUAUUAACAGAGACAAGGUUGGACUUCAGAUCCUGCCAGUCGAUGGCAAUCCGCAUAAGACCUCGGCUAUUAUAUGCCACCCGGAUGGGGUGGCCGGAAUGGCCCUCUCCUACGACGGCCGCUGUGCCUUCACAGCGGGAGGACAGGAUCGCUCGGUGAUACAAUGGGAAAUCAACCUAAGUGCUCUGGAGGCAGCGGUUUCUCUAGGGGGCGAAGGCUUGACCCCGUUCUACAGUCUGGUGUCUGGCGGCCGGGAAGGAAAAUUCUACAGGGAGCUGGAAGACUAUUUUUACUAUUCUCAGCUCCGUGGUCAAGGGAUCGACACAAUGGAGACGAGAAAAGUGUCGGAACACAUCUGCCUGUCGGAGCUCCCUUUCGUCAUGAGAGCCAUCGGCUUCUACCCGUCGGAAGAGAAGAUUGAAGAUAUGUUUAACGAGAUCAGAUUUAGUGAGUACGUGGACAGUGGAGAGAUAGUUGACAAAAUCAACUUACCGGAUUUCCUCAAAGUUUACCUCAACCACCGGCCGCCUUUCGGGAACACCAUGUACGCCAUCGAGAGGAGCUUCAACAUUCUCGGUUACACCAAUUCCAAAGGAAAGAAAGUUAUUCGAAGAGAGGAUUUCCUGAAACUACUUCUCACCAAAGGUGAGCACAUGACGGAGGAGGAGCUGUCCGACUGCCUAGCGACGCUGCUGGGUCUGAAUCCCGAGGGCUGGAAAUCGGAGCCUGCGGCCGCCUCCACCAAAGGUUCACAACUGUGCCUCGAAGACGAACUUCCGGACGAAAUCACCGCAGAAAUCUUCGCGACGGAGAUUCUCGGCUUAGCCCUUUCAUCCAGUUCCAGACGAGAACCUACGGACCACCAGUGAAGCGGUCAGGAAUGUCUGAGGCACAAAGGACUUUGUGUGCGCGCGUUUGCUUUCUGUUCUGUUUUUGUUUUUGUUUCCCAAGAGGCACCACUUGGCCUGCAUUUCUCUACCCCCGCUCUAAUCUUUAGAACGUUUAGGCAUU